AGUCAUACAUAUGACACAUGCAUGUGGGUCAUUAAUGAAACUAUGAUUUUCAGUUUUUUUUUCUCUCUCUCUAAAUAGAAUUUUAUGACAUAUGAUGCUAUGAUACGAGAGAGAUUUUUAUUCAAGUAAAGAAAAUAGAAAGCAAAUAAUAAAGAUAGAUCGAUAUAUAUGGCUGCCGGAGAUGGUUCAGUCAUCUCUUUGGAACAUACUCCGACAUGGGCACUCGCCGUUGUUUGCUUUGGCUUCAUCUCUACCUCCCUUCUCAUCGAACACACAAUCCACCUUCUUUCUCGUGUAUAUAUAUAUAUAUAUAUAUAUAUUUAUAACUAUAUAUGUAUAUUCAUAUAUAUUCCGUUUUAUACUAAUUAUUGCUUAUUUGUUGCAGUGGUUGAAAAGGCACAAGAAGACUGCUCUGCAUGGUGCGGUUGAGAAGCUUAAAUCAGAGUUGAUGCUUUUGGGAUUCAUAUCAUUACUAUUGGCGAUAACUCAAGAUUACAUAUCAAAAAUAUGUAUACCGGCCAGCAUAGCAGACACUAUGCUUCCAUGCCCCAUACAUGCUGCUACUUCUUCACAAGAGAAUGAUCUGGUUUCAACUGAUUCUUGUACUGCCCAAGGAAAGGUUGCUCUUGUGACCAACGAGGCCAUUCAUCAGCUUCACAUAUUUAUUUUUGUGUUGGCGGCUAUGCAAAUUAUCUAUAGUACUCUAACAAUGGCUUUGGGCAGGGCUAAGAUGAGACGCUGGAAGGCUUGGGAGAAAGAGACACAAACAACUGAGUACUUAGUUGCCAAUGAUCCAUUUCGAUUCAGAUAUACAAGACAGACAACCUUUGGAAGACGACACAUGAAUAAUUGCACAGAAACAUCACUUCUUUUGUGGAUUAAAUGUUUCUUCAGGCAGUUUUUUAACUCGGUUGCAAAAGUUGACUAUCUCACCUUAAGACAUGGUUUCAUUGCGGCUCACUUGUCAGCCAGGCAUGGCAGCUUUAAUUUCCAACAAUACAUCGAGCGAUCCUUAGAGGAAGAUUUCAGGAUUGUGGUUGGAAUAAGCCCUCCAAUGUGGUUUCUAGUUGUCAUCCUAUUGCUAGUAGAUGUGUACGGAUGGCAUGUAUAUAGCUGGCUGUCCUAUGUUCCAAUGUUGAUUGUGCUGGUUCUAGGAACCAAACUCGAAGUAAUUGUGGCAAGACUGGCUCUUCAAAUGAAAGAGCUAAAUAAUGUUAUAAUUGGAGCUCCUCUUGUUAAACCAAAUGAUAAUCUCUUUUGGUUUGGGAAGCCAAAAUUUGUCUUAACCCUUCUGCAUUAUACUCUCUUUGUGAAUGCAUUCGAGCUUGCUUUCUUCAUUUGGGUUUCAAUCCAGUUUGGAGUAGAUUCCUGCUAUCAUGUACACAAAGCGAUUCUUGUCGCAAGAGUUGUAUUAGCGGUGACUGUCCAAAUCCUAUGCAGCUACAUCACUCUUCCUCUCUAUGCACUAGUCACACAGAUGGGUUCAGAGUUCAAAAGCAAGGUAGUAGAAGAACAAAUGGGAGUGGUUAUAAAGCAGUGGCUGGGAGAAGUAAGGGAAAGAAGGAGAAAACAACAAGAGCAGUCCCUACAUUUUUCUGCUCUCUCGGCUGAGUGGAGCCCUAGACUCAGUAGUGCAACCGCAGAAGUUCUUCCUUUUCUCUUAAACAAAUCAACAAGAGGAGAGAUCAUAGAGGAAGAUGGUGAUCAACAAACAACAACAGCUAGAAAGGAAAAUAUGAAUAUAUAACAUAUAAGUACACAUACACAUACACAUACACAUAUACAUUGAAUUCAUACAUAGAAAUUAGAAACUAAACAAGUUGAAGCUUAUUGAGCCAUUAAUUAAUGGGAGAGAAGAGUGGUGGAAAACUCAUGGAGCAUAUUGUAAAGUUUAAUUAUAGUGAUUAUUAUUUAAUUUGAUUAUAAUAAGGGGUUAUUAUAAUAAUGUAAUGUUACAUUAAUUAUUUAAUUAAUAAAAAUUUAGAGUAUUUUAGUAUGUUGAUCAA